ACUGCUUGUGAGGCGUUUUCUCUCUCAACCUCAGCCCUACUGUGACGCAUGUGCAAGCAACAGAGUGGAGUUGGCCCCUCAUUUUACGGAGGUACAAUCUGCUCCUUCCUCCUUCAUCCAUCCUCCAUCAGCAUCCAACCCCGCCUGGUACCUACAUUUUGUAUCCUGUAUAAAUCUUGCGUGCCUUAAGUGGGCAGUCUUCAUUUCUGUAGCCACAGAUCCAGAUGAGGAAUCACUAUCCACCUGAAUCCUCCACCUACCUACCUAAGUUGAUUGUGUUAAAGAGCUCCCAUGAUUCACUCCCACCCCGCCUUCCCUUCCACCUUAACUUAUCAGUGUGCCAAAUACCUGUGAAUCCAAUGAACGCCAAGAAUGACAAUACGACAAGUGAUUGACGGCCAGUCUGGCCUGCCUGUCCCCAAUUCUACCAAGUCGUACUGGCAUAAGGAACCUUCGGAGAAAUUACUCGGCCACCGGACCACGGCAGACCUGCCGGAGACUGCAGACAUCGUCGUUGUCGGAAGUGGAAUCACGGGUGCAUUUGCCGCCCAUUUCCUCAAGCAUGGAAAGGCUAGCGGCUCGAAGGUCGUCAUGCUUGAGGCGAGGGAGGCCUGCUGGGGCGCAACAGGACGAAACGGUGGUCACUGCCAACCCAUUGUAUAUGCCUCGGCCCCUGCUGUGGCGGCGUUUGAGCUGGAGACGUACCUCUUCCUCAAGAACUUUGUGCAGGAGAACAAUAUUCCCUGUGACUGGGUCACCCUCACAGGAGUGCACACCUUUCUGACUGAAGAUAUCUUCGAGCUUGCGACUGCGGCCGUUGAGAACCUUGAGAAACGGCACCCAGAGCUCGCAGCUCAGGUCGAGGUUGUCAGGCCGUCUGACUCGGGAAGUGGAGGGGAGGGGGCGACGCUCGCAUCGCUCCGCGUACCCAACGCCAAGGGCGCCAUUGUGCAGAAGAACGCGGCAGCCCUCUGGCCGUACAAGCUGGUGGCCUGGGUCCUGGAGCAACUCCUCGACAAGUUCCCGGCGGAGGGGUUCAAUCUGCAGACGAACACGCCUGUCACCCGGCUACAGAGGCAAGAGUCGGGAUCAUCCACAGACAGCCCGGACAGCCAUGGGUGGAUCUUAACCACGCCGCGUGGCCGUAUUACCGCGCAGACGGUCCUCCUCUGCACAAACGCUUAUACGUCACGGCUACUGCCGGCUUUCACCGACCUUAUCGUACCCACGAGGGGGCAGAUCGCGGCACUGAUACCACCGAAGGGCCCAGGAGGAGAAAAAGAAGGAGCGCCGGCGAAGCUGGACCACUCGUAUGUAUUCGUCGGGAACCAGCCAAAGUCUGCCUCGAACAGGGAUGAUUAUUUAGUCCAGCGGCCGAUCCCCGCCGGAGAGCUCAUCUUCGGUGGGGGAAGACAGUGCGCGAAGGGCCUCGCGGUCGGGGAAUGGCGGGACGAUGACAUCGAAGAGCCCGUUUCCAGGUGGCUUCGUGGGCAGCUGUCGCCACCCCUGGAUCUGGCUCCGGGACACCCUGCCACGGACCACUCUGGGCCUCACGGGGACGAGGACAAGCUCCUGGAAGCUAGUUUCGAGUGGACGGGCAUCAUGGGCUAUAGCCGAGACCACAGCCCCUGGGUCGGCGCGGUGCCGGAGAGCCUCGGUGGGGGUGGCGCUCAGGGCGGGCUGUGGAUCUGCGGUGGGUAUACCGGCCACGGCAUGCCUGCCGCCGCGCUAUGUGCCCGCGCUGUGAUUCAGCAAAUUGUGGACUGCGAUAUCGAGGGAUCGUAUUGGGCUGCGUUGCCGGUCGAGUUUCGUCUUACUGAUGAGCGGCUCCAGUCGGCCAGGAGCAGAUUCGGAGAAGUCUCUGAGAUGCAGAAGCAAGGCCUUGUUGAGAUGCUCUCCGAGUUUCUGAGCUCGUCGAAGGAGGCCUAGGUUUGUGAUCGGGGCAGACACGGCAAUGACAUUGCUA